AUGGCCAUCGCCGCUCAUCUUGCCCAGCUCACCUUGUUGGUCGUUUUCAUUGUGGUUGUAGCUCAACCGAAUCAUGUCUCUGCCACUUCAGUCUCGAACGAGCAGAUAGCCGGCUUCCAGGCAAUCUCUCAGAGGCUUCUUAACCUAGCCAAACUGGACUCCAACUGCCUACGAGCCGCCAAGCAAAUAAUCAAAUGUCAUGAGACAGUUAAUGAGCUCGGGCGACGAGAAUAUCACGGCUCGCUGGGAGACAAUUGGCUGACUGAUCUGGUCUGCGCCCCGUCGUGCAAACAAUCGCUGGAUACAGCUCGGGAGAACAUAAAGAUGGCUUGCGCCGGCUCGCCGAAUCUCCUUCCUAGCAUAACUGUUGUCUCCGUUGUUGACUCGAUCCAAACGGGUUGGAAGAAACCUGUCUCAAAGAUGAACAGUCAGGCGACUAUUGCAACCGUGAAUAUUACCGAUGCGCUGGAGGAGUAUAAAAAUAUCGAAGACAUGCCAGAGAAGGAGCUCUGCUCAUUCUGUUAUGGGGCAAAGCUGCGUCAGAUGCAAAAGUCUGAGCACUCCGCGUACGACCGAGAAUUCACUUCUAUGCUUGAGUUUGUAAAUAAGAAGUGUCGUAUCGACAGUCCGAUUGCCCAAAAGCAGGAAUGCCCUCCGGAUAAAAGUUCAUGGCCUAGGACCUGCUUCAGUGGCAAGACUAUCACUACAAAGGAAAGUGAUACCUGCGAUAGCAUUGCUCUGGCCAACUCAAUCUCAUCAUCGACACUCUACUACAUCAACCCCCACCUGCUUGACUGCCGUAGCAUUGAGAGUGGAAUGGAACUCUGUCUGCCACAGACCUGCACUACGUACACCAUCCAAGAGCAUGAGGCUGCCGAUUGCGUCGACAUAAGUAUGGCUGGCGGCGAAGGGGGGUGGUUGGAUCUUAUUGACUGGAAUCUCAUGCUCGAUUCCCGCUGCACGAACCUUCGGAGCACAGACCCUUUUUGGGGUCACGUCAUCUGUAUGAGUCCUCCAGGUGACAGGUUUAUCGACGAGAUGAGGUCCGGCUUCAGCGAACACCCCGGGAACGGCUACAUGGGCGGCCCGGGAGGCUUCGGUACUGGUUAUGAACUCCACAGCCGUGCAAAACCAUUGACGGACAUUGCAAAAGGCACCACCAGGAGCUGCGCCCAGUAUAUCGUAGCAGUGAAGGGAUUGAGUUGCGCCGAGAUGGUGGUGUCAGCCGACAGGGCUACGCCCAUGGACCUGUUUCUACGAGUGAACCCGUCCCUCGGCAAUGCCAGCCAAUGCGAUGAGAACUUGAAGCCCGGAUUAUCGUACUGCCUUAAGAUACACCCCCUUUGGGACGGAUUGGCAGAGAUGGAGGACGACUGGGAGGAGUUAUCCGGCAGCGACAUGGCUAAGUUCGGCUUUUUCCAGUAUCUGCGCCUGAAAUGCGCCGUCGUCCUCUUUAGGGCUGUGGCCUGGCUUGCUCAGCGUUCUGUCUUUGGGUACACCCCCACUGAGCCGGUCGAGAGGAAGCUCAGAAAGAUCCCUGGAAGCUCUGCUGGAAGCUAUAUCAACGUAUGGGUUUAUACACCUCCCGAUAUCAACCUUGCUCGUCGCCCAGCCGUCCUUAUCAACUGGCAUGGGAGCGGGUUCGUGCUCCCGGGGUUCGGUCUUGAUCAUCUGUGGUGUGCCAGAGUCGCGCAGGAAUGUGGCAUAUACGUGGUGGAUGCCGACUACAGAAAGGGCCCCGAGGAUCCAUUCCCUGCGGCCGUUGAAGAUGCCGAGGCCGUGUUGAGAUGGGUAGCAGCCUCAGACCUGUUUGACGAGAAGCGCAUCGCUGUCUCGGGGUUCAGCUCGGGCGCGAAUCUGGCCUUGGUUGCCGCUUCCAUACUGCGAAAGAAGCUCACCAUGGUAGACAUCAAGAUCCCAGUGGCAUUCUAUCCCGUCACGAACAAGGCCGCAGAUCCGGAGCAGAAGGUCGCCCCCCAGUCCAAUAAGCCAGUCCCCGCCGGCAUCUCGCGCAUCUUCAACGACUGCUACGUGCCUGAUGUCGCGGUCCGCAGCGACCCACGGGUCUCACCCGAGUUUGCAGACCCAGAUUCCUUCCCAGAUCGCGUUACAAUUCUGACAGCGGGUGGGGAUAAUCUUGCGCCCGAGGGGAAUGCGCUCGCCGCCAAGCUAGACAACGGGCAUCGAAAGGUGGUCACUCGCAUGUUUGAUGAUGUCAAUCACGGGUUUGACAAAGGCUGUGCUAAGGGUUCUGUUGCGGAGAGGGUGAGAGACGAGGCGUACUCGUUGGCCAUCGCUAGUAUAAAAGAGGCUCUCGUCUGA